AUGGCCCCAGGGUCCCCGUCACAGCGUAAAGCGCGCGAAACCAACUUCACAGACAUAGGUGUCGCGGGUCGGUGCGUUUUUCUUCCUUUCCCCCCCCCCAACCCCUUUGUCCUUUUUUUUUGUUAUUAUUGUUUCGCGUUUCUUGCAAGAGAUAAGCUAAUGGAUUGUUUUUUUUACCUUCUUCGCGCAGUAAAACCGGAAUCAUGGUUAAGGAUACUGGUCAAAGGAAUGCUUUCGGGAUGGAGCAUAUGGACGCUUUCUUCUCGCCUGAUCCUCCGCCGCCGCCGCCGCCGAAUGUGCACCCGGGGCCGAAGGGGAAGGCGAAUGGAGGCCGAGAGAGGAGUGAGGGUGAAGGGACGGCGGGGGCGGCGGUGGGGAAUAAGACUAUAUCGUCGGGAACUAUGGAGAUUGUUACCAGUAAAUACGCCCAUUCACUCACACUGCCCCCAUUGAUAUUUGCCUGCAAUAAGCAAACAUUGCGAUUAAAGGAAAGAAAAACAUUAAAAUUCGCUUUUUCUCAGCUCUUCUUUCCUUCCUUCCUGACACGCUGUUUUAACCGUUUUUAUUUUGUUUCAUAUUUUAUUUCUUUUCUUCUGUGCUUAGUUUGAGCUAUCUAACCAUUCCUUCCUGCGCUCCAAAAAGGCAGCGUCCCACCACCACCUUCAUCUUCAGCCCCCUCCGCCCGAAGGCUAACUUCCCUCCCGCCCCGCGCACGAAGUCCUAUAAAGACCAAUCUCGGCACGCCCGCUCGAAGGGCCUCAUCUGUGGGUUUCAGCUCCCCUGACAAACCCUCCCCGCAUCGUCCCGCAAAUCGAAAACUCGAUUUUGGUGGUGGCGGUACUGCUGGUGACAAAGAGGCUCCCGCGCGCCUACUGGGUCAACCGGCGAAGCAUGUUUCCAUGUCACCUGCUGGGAACGAAGUGCACAGGGCUUCAUCCUCCUCCUCCGCUAUUGAGAAGAAGAAGGAGCCUGAGGUCGCGCGUACUAAGCCUAAGACUAAGCAGAGACAGGCCAUGCCAAAGGUCGUUGAGGAAGAGACUGCUGUUCGGGGUACUCAGCGGACACCGCCGAUUGCUAUGGUCAAGAAGAAGAGAGGGUUGUUGAUGCAGGGUAAGAAGUCGGCUUUGGUUGCUGGAGGGGGGAAGAAGACCUUUUCGUUACAGGAUGAUGGAGAUACUGGGGAUGAUGAGGACGGGGAUGUGGAGAUGAGUGAUGGGGGAAUUGGUAAUGGUCUGGGUAGUACUAUGGAGUUGGGACAGCGGGAGGAGGAGAGACAUCCGAUUGAGGAGGAAGUCUCGCAGAUGCUGGGGGACGAGGACACGAUCAUGUCUGAUGGGGAAGGGGACGUACAAGUCGCGCCGGCCAAGGGGGGAAAGGGUAAGGUUAAGGGGCCGGUUAAGAAAAAGGCAGUACUGCCAGAGAAGAAAGCGAAACCCAUUCCUCCGGCAAAGAAGACCCAGCCUAAGGCGAAGGUCAAUGGCAAAUCCGGUGGCGGAGCACAAGCUCAGGAUGAGGAGUCGGAGGAAUCCGGGUCUGGAGAAGAAGAAGUGGUUGAGCCAGUCAAAGCAAAGGUCGUUACUAGGGGUAAGGGUAAAGCUUUGGUGGCAGCAGGUUCUCAACCGGAACCAGUCCGAGCAUCCAGGACAAAAGCCGCCGCAAAGGUUAAGGGUAAAGCUAAGCCUCAGGUCGAAGAAAUUUCUUCGGAUUCAGAGCCAGAAGUGCAAGCGCCUAAGCCCAAAGCUGCCCCAAAAGGAAAGGGGAAAGCUAAAGAUCAUGCUCAGGAGCCGGAGUCGGAGCUAGAACUAGAGGAGGUUCAGGCACCUAAACAGAAAACCACCGCAAAGGUUAAAGCAAAGGCUUCCUCUAAGGCCAUCCAACCCCAGCGCGAUGACAGUGAGGUGGAGGAAAUUGUCCCGGCGCCCAAGCCCAAGCCCAAAGCUGUCGCGAAGGGCAAAGGGAAGGGCAAAGCUAACUCUACUGCCAAAGGCGCUGAGGACUCGGCGGCAUCAUCAUCGGCAAAACCGAAUUCUAAAGCUAAGGUAAAGGGCAAGACUAAGGUCGCAACGCCUCCCAACGAGGAUGAAGCCGAGGAUGAACAAUCGGAGGAAGAGCGUGAUCCUACCCCUCCUCCCCCACCAAAGUCCAGAGCAGCUUCGAGAGCCAAGGGCAAAGCCAAGGCGCUGCCAAUCGAUGAACCCGAGGUCGAGGUUGAACCAGUGUCCUCUUCCCAAAAGUCCAAGGCGAAGCCCGCUACAAGGGCUCGAGGCGCCACAAAGUCCCGCUCGAAACCUGAGCGCGAAAUUCCGGAGUCCUCACCCGCCCUAGCGCCGGUCGGGACGAUCGACGAAGAAGAUGAAGAGAAGGGAGAAUACGACGACGAGGCUGCCCUACCUGCGCGUAAAAAACUUCGCCAAUCGCCAAGGACUGCUAAGCCAGCGGCGACAACGGUUUCAAAAGGCAAGGGGAAGGCCGGCGUCGCCGCGGGUGUCAGGAAAGCUACCGCCGAGUCCUCUCGGCGGCGGCAGGACAUUUCUCCGGAACUUGCUACCACUUCUACUGUAGCAGGUGCUAAACCCUCCGCCUCGUCAUCUUCCCAAACCGCCGCGCCCCGCCCCCGCGGCCAACGCGUUAUCCGCGAACGCCCCUCGGUAGAGCCGGACUCCAUCACUAACGGCCGACCAACAAGACACCGCAUGAAGCCGUUAGAAUUCUGGAAGGGCGAGAAAGUAGUCUACACACUGACCGACCCCUCCACCACCACUGCCGCCGCAUCCACAAUCAAGCUCCCCGAAAUCGCCGAAAUCAUCCGCGUAGAGAGUGAUGAAGAAGAAAAAGCCCGUGAUCGGGAGCGUAGAAAGAAGCGCACCGCAGCCGCCCAAUCCGCUGGCAACAAGCGCAAACGCGCCCUAAAGCAAGAAGACACAGAGGAGGAAGAAUUCGAGGAAGAGCCCUGGGAAUCACAAGUCACCGACGGCGAAGUCGGUGUGAUCCGCGGCUAUGUCAAGCCCUUCCCACCCCCCGCUUCCUCGGAGCAGCUGGAGGAAGCGGAGCUGGCCUUCUCCCGCAAUAGGAUCGUAACGGUGGAGGUGGCGAAUGGCGACUUUACCUUUGUGAAAACUUGCACGCAACCCUUCUUCGGCACGGGCAUGAUCGAGAUACCACCCGGGGGUAUCAAACGCACAAAGAAUAGCGGAAAGAUGCACCUCGUGUUUUACCUGCUCCAGGGGAAGGUUCAGGUUCAAGUUGGUGAGACCAUGUUUAGGGUUAGGAGUGGGGGGCAGUUUAUGGUUCCAAGAGGUAUUUUGGAGAAUAAAUAAUAAUACCCUUUUUGGUAGGCAGUUGAGCUAAUGGGUGUGUGAUAGGUAAUCUUUACAGUAUUGAAAAUCCAUACGACGUUCAGGCCAAGAUGUUUUUCGCGCAGGGGUGUGAGGUUGAGGUUGAGGGGGAGGAUUAGUUUGUUAUGACGGGGGUGCCUUGUUAUACCUCUUUUCUUUUUCUUUCGAUUAAUGCUUGUGUGGUAUGUCUUUUCUCUUUCUUUAUCUUAUCUUUUGGGUCUUCAAAUACCGAGAUGGAAAGGCGUGCAUGUAAACUAUAACUCUUUACGGAAGACAAAAUGAGUAGUUUUUUUUUUCUUUUCCCACACUUGCUCCCCGUCCGACCGGUAAUAGUUAUGCAAUUCUUGACCGGGUAUGGCUUUGUUUUGUGUCGUGUCCUGCCCUCCUCUCCAAAGAUUAUACUUAUUUUUUUUUUUUUCGUUGUUGAUGUUUUAGCGAGUGAGGGAUUGUGAUGGCAUACCUAUUCUUUGUGUUCUGUAUGACGUUCUCAAUAGGUGUGUGGGUAGGAAACGCCGGGAUGGGUGUGUGAUGGUUGGUCGUCCUAUGAUAGGAGGUAGGUGGGAUUAUCUAUCCAUCUAUCUGGGGUUUAGUCAGUUAGAAUGAACUGGGCUUCCUUGAACAAGGGUGGAGAUGGGAUAGGAUCUUGCGGUUCUGGUUCUUUGUCCGACCUGAUCUGAUUUUUGUUAGGAUUAUGGAUACUUUUUUGGAAAGUGAGAAGUGUCGUAUAGCUUAAGCGCCAAUUUUUUUUUUCACAUGAAGGUAUGUAUGGUAGAUAUCUGGCAUGGGUUGUACCAAGAUUUGCAAUAAAGGACCCCUAAUUUGGAGAAAUAGGAG